ACAUUCCUUUGUUUUGUUUUUAUAUCCGGCGGCCGUACUGCACUGGGAUGGGAUGUGAACCCGCGCUGGGCAUUGUAACGCGCGAAAACAAGCGCUGAAACUGGGAAGAAACUCGCUUUUUCUUGACGUUGUCUUUGGCAUUUGACGAAGGUACUCUGAUCACUGCUCUAUUAAAGACGUAUUGAAGGUCAAAGGUCAUAAUGCCAACUUCUGUGAUGCAGCGAUUGAUCUCCUACUCAGACAAGUAUGAAGAUGAUCAAUUUGAAUAUAGACAUGUUGUCCUGCCGACAGAGCUUGUGAAACAGGUCCCCAAGCUACACCUGAUGACGGAGACGGAAUGGAGGAAUCUAGGAGUCCAGCAAAGCCCUGGAUGGGUUCAUUAUAUGAUACAUAACCCAGAGCCACACAUCUUACUAUUCAGGAGACCGAAGCCUUGAUAGAAACCAAGCAAGGUGCUGUUGGCUUCAACUUUGAUAUAUAAGGAACAAUGUGAACUUCUGUAAUAUGGACUUCAGAUAGACUUUGCUUUCCUUCUUUUGGAGUUUGGUGUUCUGUAGGUUCUCUUGACUAAACUGCGCAUCUUGGUAUCAUUUUCUAUCAAAUGAGGACAGUUGUACGAUGGCGACUAGAAGCUUAAGAUAGUUUUGCAGCAUUGAAAUUGAGUGAGACUAUUUGCAAGUUGGUGAAUCAGAGAGCAGUGAGUUUUUUUUCAUGUAGCUGUUCGUAAGUUAUGAAUGACUUUAUGAAUGAUUGGUGAUACCUUCUUGGGUUCUUUAAUCUGUUUCUCAUUCAUUUACAUGUAGCAAAAGAAGGUAUUACCAGUCGUGCAUAAAGUCGUUUGUUGCUUAUCAUGAACAUCUUAAGGAAACACCCUACUGUUCGUAAGUUACGAGUGAAUUUACAAACGACUGGUUACCCUUUCUUAGGAACUAAAUUGACGCGAAUGGAAGUCCGGUGUGUAUGGCUUACUACAAGAAAGGAUCACCAUUCAUUUGUAAAUAUAACUUACAAACAUCGUUAUGAAACACCCACCAGAUGUAUAGGACAAUAAUUGUCAUUAGCAAAAUUACAAUUAUAUGGGAUCACUUUAUGAGACAAACAGUGAUGUUCAUUUUGAGAUGGCUUAGCAAUUUAUUCCAGAGAACCGGUUCUGCUGACUGAGAGGCACGACCUCUAAACAAACAUGUUAGACAUAGGUACAGUUAAUUAUAUUCUGGAUAGAAGAGCGUAAAUUUCAAAUUUGUUGGGAUAACAGGCUAUUGAUUGAUUUUUGUACUGAGUACUGAUUAAUGGCACAAUCACGUGCAUGAAGAAAAUAAGGUGAAAAUGUAGAAAAUACAUUGUGAGAAGGUUUUUUCAAGCUUCUAUGUUAUUGUAGCUGUAUCAUGUAUGUACAAACAGAGGAUAUCAUGUAUGAUUUGAUAAAGUUUUUAUUGCUCGAAUCUUGUUCACUCACUGCACAAUAGCAAUAUUAUUUAUAGGUAGUCAUUGUCUACUUUAUCUCUUUAUUGAAUUGUAAAACUUUUAUGGACGAAUGGGCCUUGUAGGAUUUACGUGCUAGUAGUUCAUGUUUUAUUUCUUGAUUUCAGUCACAUGUUUCCUUAAUGUUUUAUGUAUACAUACAUAUGUAAUCAUGUUUAUGUUCAGUGGGCCGAUUUUAUCAGUUUUACAUCAAUGACAUGAUUGAAAUAAUUAUGUUUUAUGCCCGGCUGAUUUUAUGACAAGCACUUGUUUAACCUUGAAUGUAACUUCAAGAAAAUUUGACUCAAAACAUCAAUUCUCUAUAUUGGAACAUUGAA